AUUAAAGAACGCUAAAACAAAGGAAAUGACGAAGUGAAAUCUUAGUCAUUAAUGAGAUUCAAACAGAAGCCAAAAGGUCGGUCGACAAGGCUUAUGGUUCGCAUUCGUUUAAGUAGUUCUUUUCCGACUAUUCAGAAGCGUGUCUCGUGCUACAGAAAAAGCGCGAUGUUGGACGAGAAACAACCAGCAAGGAAACAAGAAAUGAAAUGGGCGGCUAUUUUAUGGUACAUUUAUAUACACGUCCUCGGAGUAUACGCUAUCUGGUUUUUGUUCACUUCCGCUAAAUGGAUGACUGUGAUUUUUACGUUGUUUAUAACGACCCUUGGUUGCCUUGGAGUGACAGCAGGUGCCCAUAGAUUAUGGGCUCACGGUACGUACGAAGCCACGGGAUCUCUUAGGCUUCUCCUCAUGUUGUUUCACACCCUAGCAGGAGUGGGUUCGAUACACGACUGGGUAUUGUACCACAGGCUUCAUCACAAGUAUUAUGGGACAGAUAAAGACCCUUACAAUCAUAAGAAAGGAUUUUUCUAUAGUCACUAUGUAGGUAAUAUAUUGUCACCGAGUAUGGACAUUGAAGAGAUCAAACGUGAGAUCGAUAUGCGUGAUAUCGAGCAAGAUGGCUAUGUUUGGUUUCAAAAGAAAUUCUACUGGCCGUUAUUCAUAAUAUUCGGACUAAUAUUGCCAUUGAACGCGCCGCUGGAAUACUGGGACGAAUCGAUGACCGAGACCAUACUGAUCACGGGAGUGCUGCGAUUCGCCAUUACGGUGAACGUAUCUUGGCUGGUGAACAGCGCACGCUUGAUCUGGAGUAUGGAAACGCAAAAAUUGCCACAAGACAACAUCAGUGUAUUCUUCCUAACGAAGUCAUUUUGGCCGAUGUAUCACUACAUGGUACCAUGGGACUGGAAGUGCGGUGAAUUCGGCAGCUACGCGGACGGUUGCGCCACGUUUUUCAUCAAAAUAUGGCACGAGCUCGGUUAUGUUACUUUGUUGCAAACAACUGAUUCCGAGGAUGUUAGAGAAAUGCUUCACGAAGUGAGCAAGAAGAAAAUGACGCUCGCGGAGGGCCUUGGAAAGCUGAAAGAAAAAUCUAUGUACAACGCAAAAAAACUGAAGCUGAUGGUUAAGAACUGAGCAGAAAUUAAAAGUGUACCGAUUUGUCGCAGCUUAAAACGAUAGAUUUCAUUGUUCUUUUAUCGUCGCUUUUAUCGUCUUCCUUUACCAACGUUAUUUGAUAUGAUUCUGAGCAUCGACAAAUCGUACAAGUUAUUGCUCACUGACGAAUAUAAACCUUUGUUAUAUUUUGAUAAUAUAUUAAUUUUAUAAUAACAA